UUCACUAGCGUGCUUCGAGGCAGGGUUGAGUGAAGCCUACGGAGAUCCUUUGGGUAGGAGGAGUCACAUCACAAUAUCUUCACAAGGGUAAAAAUGGAGGUAGAACCUGCCGCGGAGAACAGUGCCAUCUCCUCUUCGGGAGGAAAGAUGGACCAUGGUACAGUAGAGGAGCAGGAAAAAGAUGAAGACGUAUGUGCGUUGUUUGCGACCAGCAUGCCUCGAGAUGUCUGGGCGAACCCAUCUUUGGCAGCCUUGGCGGCGAUGAUCGAUGAGGACGCAGAGGAGAAAGAAAAACAGGUUGAUGGACAAGAACACAGCAGCAGCAACGACCAUCAAGGUGCACCACGAGAGGGAAGCUCCAGCAUCAGCGACGAUGGCAACGAAGACGGACUAGCUCCACGGAUUCAAGGCGCUCACUCCACAACCGCCAACCAAAACGGUGUCCGCGGUGGUACGACCCCCACCUCGGGGUCGAGGCAUCAGCGCCGAGAGGACAUGAGGCGAAGGCGAACCGAGCGAAGAGCAUCCCCCUAUGGCCCGGCUGCUGGUCGGCGAGUACAGGGAAAACAUAUUUCAUCGGGGAGAAGUGUUGUCAGGGAUCGAGGGUCAGCGCCGACGACGGGGGAAACGCAGGUCUUGAUGUCCUUGUGGAGGUUGUAGGUUGUAUGUAGGCUUCCAUGGCGACGACGUUACGCACUUCGCCCCGAAACCUCUUGUACUCUGGGAAACGUACAACCCUAGUGACGAACGGACCAUCGAUGGCUUGAUCUGAGUUGUGGCUUAGCAGAGUCAAGAUUUAUUUGGUGACUGUUGUGUAUGCACUGCGAAAGGGGAAAGGAGAGUUCAUGCACGUGACGGAAUUGGGCAAGCUUUUUCGGGUCGUUCGCAGUGCCUUGAUCAGAAAGUUUCCAUCUCCAAGAUCUGUACAUGAAGAUAUCGCUGAGUUGCGAUUACUCCUUACACCCACGAGAUUCGUGCGUUCUCACGGUCGAGAGCAUUCUAAUCUGCUCCCGUACGAUUGAAUACGGUUGGUUGUGGCGUAGUUGGAGGCACAUUAUUCUCAGUAGCAUGGACUCAAGGAUUGUUUCUUGUGGAUAAGAAGUCUAUUGCGUAUGUGUCCAACGGAGCUUUGAAAUGUCUAGCAUGAAAAAUAGUUCC